AACCCAUACAGGUCUGAUGUGCUUGAACUCAUGGUGCUUGGAUGACAAUUAGCAGCUGAAAGAUUUGAAUGGAGGAUUAUCUCUAGAUGCUAAUUUCUCAAGACUGCUAUUGAGAGAUGACGCAGAGGAUGGUUUAAUGUCCCAAGAUAUGAAGCACAGUGCUGGGAAAGUCUAUGCCAAUGUGACGUUGAAGUUGGAAGCAGGGAGGAAAGCCCUGGAUUUGGUCUUUCUUGUGUUGCAGACAGACAGAGAUUAUUACUGGUAUAUAUCCUAAACAAGUGGAAGGGCAAUCGAAUGUUAUGGCGCUAUGAUGGUUUUUAAUUGAACAGUUUUGUCUACUAUAAUUUUUUAUGUAUUGAAAACAGUGUGAAAUGCAUAUAUAUUGUUUUAUUCUUUGAAUCCAAAUAUGCUGAAAUGAAGUUAUUAGAGCUUGUUAGCUGGCCUGGCAGAAUUUUACCACAUGGUGGAGACAAAGGAUAUGAACAUGGCACUCUGUCACUUCAUGGUUUCUUUGUGUGUUGAGCUCAGUAAAUGUUUUCAUGAUUAUCCCCAUCCUAGAAUUACAUGUUGAUCGUCUCACAUCACACCUCAUGCACAUUUUAUAUGAUACAUUCCACCCAGAUCCAAAGUUACAGAACAAGCAUAGAAUGUGUGACAUCAUUUUAUCAACCUCAUUACUGACUACAAAGUGAGCAUUAUAGGCUAUUGAGGUGAUGCUCGCGGUAUUCAACAUGAAAGAUUAAACACAGAGUCCAGUGUCGGCCCUUUAACAUCUUGCCACCAAUGACAUGUAGGCUACUUCAAAGAUGAGCUCAUCUUCUAAAACCCAAUGAAUAAUGUACUGUUGAAGUGUCACUGAAAAAGGAAAAUGUAUUUUUUUUUGUUGUCCAUGUUUACAUGAGUCUCGAUUUGCUUCCUAUGUGUCUCAACUUUGAACACUGCCUAAAUCCCAGCCAACAGGGCAUGGUUUCAUGACUUGCUUGAUCCUGUUUGUCAUAACAUAGCAAGAGUUUGCAGAAAAGGAAAUUUCGUAGACAAAGUAAAUGUCUCAGGUCUGACUAAUCCAAAACCCUGCUAAAAAGGUUAAAGAAAUAUCAACAUUUCUCACUAGGUCCCAGAAGCUGUCUUGAUUUUAUUUAACAGUGAACUUAAUUAUGAACUAGAACUUACCAUUUUUAUUUCCAUUGGUCAUAUUCUAACAGACUGUGAUGGCUGUAUUUUGGAAUCCAAGCUAUUUUAACUGUAGCAUCACUCAGUGGUUGUGUUUAUGUGAAUUGGUUGGGGUGUGAUGAUGACCAAUGAAAACAUGACAACUGAGAAGGAAAUGGGUAAGACCAAACUAGGGACACAUUUGGAAGGUCAAACUAGACACUUUAAAAAAAUUAUUGUCUGCUCACAACCCAACUUAUGUUUGAGGAGUGUCUGGAGGAAUCCAAGGCCUAAUACUUCGUCAUGGCAAACAGAGUUAGAAAGUGUACCUGGAAUUAGAUGAAAGCAUUUGUAUCUGAAGUACUGUGUGAAAAUUAUGUCCAUGGCACACAAAGCCCACACAAGACCUACUGUUUCAACUCCGUAUGAUUCUAAAAUUAUCAUCAGUCCAUGUGAGGAUAGUCAAGUGAACAGGAAGUAUUAUUUUGUGCUGAGUCAUUGUUGUCUGACUGUGGUUACAUUUUUCAUUGAUAUGCAUGCAUCCAAUUACCGUGAUAUUAUCAACCAUAAUCUGAGUUUUAGAUGUGUGAAGCUCUGUUCUUUCUAGUCUGUGUCCAGUGGUUACUUUGAAAACAGACAUUAAUGGCUUUGACUCAGAUUAAAAUUGAUUAGACAAAACAUCUAAAUGGCAUACUUCAUAGAAACAGCUUUUAUGCAAUUCACGACUUAACGCAGAGUUUCUGUUUGAAGGGGCCAUUCAAAUAGUCAAUUUACUUUUGUUAAAUUAGACAAGCCCAUUGUAAUUUACUCUGUUGUACUUUCUGCUGCAUUUUUGUUGUUGUUCUUCAAUAACAUAGCACAGAAUCACUGAGUCUGCUCAAAAGUUCUUCCAAGCUGUGGGGCUAAGCUGAAGCCUCUACUGGUCUCAGGUUGCACCAGCCCAGGGUCUUUUAUGACGCAGGUCUGUCAGUAAGCCCAGUCUUUUCUCUGCUAGUGCUGUGCAGGGUUGGCUGGUUCAGUUACAACGUCAAAGUGGGCUUGUGCAAGUGUCGGUGUGUCUGUACUCGCAUUGGAGGGCGCAUGUUAUCUGAGGCCCACAGGGGAAGCCUCUCCAGAUUUCAGCCAGCUGCCCUGCUAUAAACUUUUCAGAGUGGAGGAAGAAGACUAUGGAGGGGGGAACACGCAAAUCUCCAUUCAAACUACUUUCGAAUAUCAACUCUUAGGCUUUCUUAAAGGAACGAGAAGAGGCCAGAGAGGGGUGGACCUUGCCAUCGGGGAUAACACGCACCUUUCCAAGUGUUGUUCGCGCUUAAUUUCCUCUCGGCUUGAGAGUAGGCGGCAUGUUGCACCAGAGGGGGGGUUCUCAAACAAACUAUCUGACCCUGGUGGUUAACUGAAAUCAGGCUCUGUGAGGCUUGCUGGAGGAGGGAGGGAACAGCAGUUAGCGUGAGGCCACCGUAGGGCUGCUGCACUGCGAACACACAGCAGCAGCAGGGAAAAAGGGAAGAGAUGGCUACAGGAGAAAUCACCACUCUACCCGCCACACCUGAAGAUGGAGGCAGUGGCGGCUUCCCUCCAGGAAACUUUAAGGAGCCCAAGAGGCUGUACUGUAAAAACGGGGGCUACUUCUUGAGGAUAAACUCUAAUGGAAGCGUGGACGGGAUCCGAGAGAAGAACGACCCCCACAUCAAGCUUCAACUCCAGGCAACCUCAGUGGGGGAGGUAGUGAUCAAAGGGGUCUCAGCCAACCGUUAUCUGGCCAUGAAUGGAGAUGGAAGACUGUUUGGAACGAGACGGACAACAGAUGAAUGCUACUUCAUGGAGAGGUUGGAGAGUAACAACUACAACACCUACCGCUCUCGGAAGUACCCUGACAUGUAUGUGGCGCUGAAAAGGACUGGCCAGCACAAGUCAGGAUCCAAAACUGGACCGGGCCAAAAAGCCAUUCUCUUUCUCCCCAUGUCAGCCAGACGCUGAGCUGAGCUCACCUUGUUUUACUAAUCUUAAAACUCAGCCUGGCUGCAGUGCAAACAAACAAACGAGAUAUGAAAAAGACAAAGCUCCCUCAUCCUCAGUGACAUCAUCCCUGCAGUUGGGUUCUUCAAUGGCAGGCAUUUCAAUCAAUGGUGAAUGUGCAUAAAGUUGGCGGCCCCCAUGUAUUUAAAAAAAUGUUUUUGCUGUCCCUCCGUGUACUUACAAACACCUAAUAUGCUAAGUUCGCCGUAUUGUACUCUCCAUUACUAUUUAUUUUUUUAUAUCGGCAUUAGUACAAGUAUACACGAUACCAAUUCUAGCUCCAAGAAGGCUACAAUUUGAAAAAACUAAAAAGUAGAUUGUGCUGAUUUAUUGGCGCAUUGAACCAUGUCACGCACCGUAGUUUAAAAACUCUGGAUAGUGCUCAAACAAUGUCAUAUCUGAAUUCCUCCAUCUUUAUGCACCUUUGCCAUUCAGCUAUAUAAAUGUGAGUUUAACUAAGGCUGCUUCAAAUAUUGUAUCGUACUUUGAUAAUCUGCUUAUUUUUCUUCAUUUAACAAUUUUGAAAUACAUCAUUUUAGACAAAAGUGAAAUCCUACUUAGUAGUUCUGGGCUUUAAAAAGUAAAGUUUUACUGCACGGCAGUUAAGGUUAGCUUUUAUGCCCAGAACUUUACUUGAUAAAACCUUCAAAUAGAACAUUGGGUUGGCAACGCUAAAUCAAGCACACCAUUACACUAAACUCAUUGCAAGACAAACAGUAGACCUAGUAUAUAUUUUACUUCUCUAUCUUAAAAUAUAAAUUAGUUGUUUGAUUUUAGAACUUAGUGGCCCUGAGGUUCUUCCCAAACAGAGUUGCCAAUUUCUUCAAAUUGUGUAUUUUUAUUAGAUUUUUUACAGACGAGGAACAUUUUGUGAUUUGUGCAAAAUGUCCUUUACAGUGAUCAUCAUCGGUACCAUUUGCUACACCCUCCUUCCCUAGUAACAGUUUAUAAAAACAUAUUCCAGUCUGCCAUAAAUAUACACUUCCAAGUAUGGUAAAACACCAUCCACACGCUAAUAUGACAAGCACUGACUGCUAGUGCAAUUAGCAUCGUUGUGCUAGGCAAGGCCGGAACCCUGUCCUCAGGCCUUGUGUUUUAGCACCUGCGGCAGCUCCCUGUGGUACAGCUGGUAGAACCUCCCUGAGUAGACAGCCGGCAGCUCCUCCAUAGCCAGAUCAAUCUGGUCAAAGCCCUGGUUUAGGCCGUGAAGCAGGAGGCUGGCUAGGCGGCUAGUGAUGGGUGUUGUGGCGCAUGUCUUGGCUAGCUCCGUUAGCUCCAGCCACUCGCAGCGCAGGCACUCCUGGGUGCAGAAGUUGAUGUCAUGAGUGAGAGGGCUGAGGCGGCAGAUGAUGUACAUGUCGGACAUACCAAAAGCACCCGGGUGGUUGUGCUGCUGUCGGAUGCUCAGAAGGGACUUGAACUCAGAGCGUACUCCAGUCUCCUCAAAGACCUCUCGGACCGCAGUGGUGCCUUGAAGAUAAUGAGGGGGGGGGGGGGGGGGGGGAUGAGGAUACAUGGAUUUAAUGUUUGUACUGUUCUUUAAAAAAAAUAUCUUUGUCAAGACACCUCCAGUACUGUAUAUCUAUCUGACUGUAUAAUGCUCACAGAAUAACUGACAUUUCUGUAUCAACAUUUUUGUAUGAUAUGCAUGCGAGUACAAAAAUGGAACGUUAAGUCACGAAAAUGAAAUGGUUAAAAAUAAAGGGAAAUCAAUUUGUAUGUAUUUUAGUCACAUACGCUGCUUCAGAGGGUGGGUCUAUGUUUCAAAGCUGCUUCAAAAAGUUAAACAAGUUGAACAAGUUGAACUUGUAAAAGUUUUAUUUGAAGUCGUUGUUUUAAGUCAAAUUGUUUAGAUACUGUAUAUACUUAAGUGUAGCUCACGUGAAGGUCUGAGAUGGCAGUUUCUCUGUGUAUGGUAUACCUUAAUGUAUUGUGUACAGUCAGUUACAAUACAGGAUUAUGAAGUUGUGGUUGCGUCACUCACCAACGUUUUCUCCUGGAUCCGAGAGCCCUCCAGGGAACUUCCAUGCAUUUACUGUCUAAAAUAAAAUCACAACAACACAUUUUGUAUUACGACUCAAAUUUGGGCUGCAUUCAAGUAGUUUAUUUUUGAAAGUGUACUUCAGCAUUAAUAAGUAUUUUACAACUAUAUGUGCAUAGGGCCAAAUCCAAACUUAAAUCCACACUUUGGUAAAAUGUAUGCAUUGAUGUUAUAAGUUAGGCACUCGGAUAUUCCCUAUGAGUUUAAUAUUCAUUUUGAUGUGAUUGUAUGUUAUUCUUGAAAAAAAAAAUCUAAGCAAUUAAGUUUGGUGUUUUCACCACUCUUUAAAUAUAUUUAAAGACAGAUCGCUGCUGGUUAAAUUAUGUCGUUGUUGAAUACAUUUAUUGUAGUUUUUGAUUAAUUUUUAAUUCAAAAUAUACUUUUGCUAUUGAAAAACAAUUGUUUUAUUUUUGUUUUACAAAAAUGUAAGAAUAAACUUAUCAUUUAACAAUA